CCCGGCACCUUGACACACUUUACCACCGUAUACACUAGGCGCAUGUUCAUCAGCUAUUCUUCAGCUGUAGACAGCUGCAGGUCAUCUGGGGGUCACUGGAGCAGAUAUCACGUGAGAGAAUACACGACAGAAGCAUGGAAGUCUCAAGAUCUAAUGUUGACCAAGGGUAUGCGUGGGUGAUCCUUGCAGCUGCCUUCACCUUACAGCUCAUGGCUGGAAUACUGGCUUACUCUCCUGGUGUCAUGAACAUUGCGGUGUUGGAGGAAAUUGAAAAUGAUCUGACGAAGACCUCAUGGAUCGGUUCGAUUAACUUUGGAGCUUGCACUUUACUGGGUCCAGUUGCUGGCUUGAUACAAUCCAAAGUUGGUUCCCGUAUUACAGCUAUGGUUGGUGGUGUUUUAACUCUUGUUGGCAUGACGGUAGCUUCAUUCUGCAAAUCCAUAUUUGGUCUGGUGCUAACGUAUGGCCUUGUAUCAGGGUUUGGUAUUUGUCUGGCCUGCAAUGUAGUUGGCGUUGUAACAGGAAAGUACUUUUCAAAGAGGCAAGCAACAGCAUUUGGUGUGUGCAUUGCUGGUGGAGGCAUGGGCCUCUUUGUUGCGGGACCUCUUGUCAGAUAUCUUCUUAGUCAGUACAACCUAAGUGGGGCGCUUCUUAUCCUUGGUGCAAUAGAAUUCCACAUGUGUGUUGCUGGUGUUACCUUGAGACCACUCCGACAGUCUCAAACCGCACUUGUCUUCACAAAAGACUCCUCUUCAGAUGACAAAACUGACAAGGAUCACGAUUGUGCGCAAUACGAAAGUGGAAAAGAUAUACACACGGCACUGGAAAACGAGAGAAAGACUCAUGAGAUAGACAAACAUCCUACACCUUCAGAAAAUGAAUCUGCUAGCUAUCAUCAGCAACCAUCUGAGGACACUACUAGCCAUGUUCUAGAAGUAUCAACUUCUGCAGAUGAUCCUCAAUCCUACCAUGCGUUUAUCUCUUCACCACACAAAGACUGCAAGAAAUCAAGAAUAAAAUCAAAUGUAUGCAGCGUUUUCAGCGGUUUUAGAGUCCUUAAGGAAACCAGAUUUCUUAUAUAUAACAUGAGCAUCAUGUUGUGGACACUGGGUGAAUCAGCCGCUAUUUUCCAUCUUCCAUAUUAUGCCCAACAAAAAGGAAGUUCACCUAAUCAAGCGGCAGCUCUUUUCACUGUAAUGGGAUUUGGAAGUGUCUUUUCAAGAGUAGUUGCAGGAAUAAUGGCCUCAGAUUCGAAAAUUCCAUACAUGAUUCUCCAAGUAGGUUUAACUGGUAUAUCGGGAAUGUUGCUUCUGUCGUUCCCUCUUUAUUCCUACACAUAUAACACACAGCUGGUGUUUGGGAUUCUGUAUGGGACAUACAGCCAAGGUGUAAACACUCUGGUUGGUCUUAUUGUUCUUGACUUGGUUACACUGAAGGAUGUCCCAGUGGCAUAUGGGUUUGUGUAUUACUCGAUGGGAGUUGGAUACAUACUCGGACCUCCAUUGGCAAGUUGGAUUUUCAGACUGAGCAUGGUAUAUGAUUUUACCUAUGUAUUUGCAGGGUCGUGCUUGAUGGUCAGUUCUAUAUCUGCUGCGUUAGUAAACAUUGUGAAAAGACGGUAGUUCACUUAUUCUUCAACGAAAAUUGUGAUGGUAACCCCUUUUCUAUGUUGAGGAUGAAAUGCAUGUACUUUGCACGUCCUCAGUAGAGACCCUGUCUGAUUGUUCUGAAUGAUCAGUUUCCAGACAAGAAUGACCUUUGUUGUUCACCACAAGAUUCAGCACUAUUCCAGCUGCAUCAUAUCAUCAAGCUGUCACGGAUGGUAUUCGCACAAGUCUCCAAAAAACGUAUUGCAAAAACUUUCUGUAUAACACUGGCAAGUGAAUAAGACCACUAUUCAUACUG